GCGCGCGUCCUCUGGUCCGCCUCUCCGCUCACCGCAGCCUGGGCUCCUCCUUCGUCCAGCCUCCAGGGCGGGAUCUGUUGGCUCGCCCUACCCUCGCCGCCUAAGCCUGCCCUCCACCAGACGGGUCCCCUCCCCGCGCGGCACCACGGCUUCCCUUCAACAGCACGGCGACGGGGGCUUCCCCUCAGCAGCUGCCGGCGCCUCAGUCUCCGCAGCCAGCCUAGCUCCGCCGCGUCCCCGGCCGGCAGCCGCCAUGCAGUUUAUGUUGCUUUUUAGUCGCCAGGGAAAGCUGCGACUGCAAAAAUGGUAUGUCCCACUGUCAGACAAAGAGAAGAAGAAGAUCACAAGAGAACUUGUUCAAACCGUUUUAGCACGGAAACCCAAGAUGUGCAGCUUUCUUGAGUGGAGAGAUCUGAAGAUUGUUUAUAAAAGAUAUGCCAGUCUAUAUUUUUGCUGUGCUAUUGAGGAUCAGGACAAUGAACUGAUUACCCUGGAGAUAAUCCAUCGUUAUGUGGAAUUACUUGACAAGUAUUUUGGCAGUGUGUGUGAACUUGAUAUCAUCUUUAAUUUUGAGAAGGCCUAUUUUAUUUUGGAUGAAUUUCUUUUGGGAGGAGAAGUUCAGGAAACAUCUAAGAAAAAUGUCCUUAAAGCAAUUGAGCAGGCCGAUCUCCUGCAGGAGGAUGCAAAAGAAGCCGAAACCCCACGUAGUGUUCUUGAAGAAAUUGGACUGACAUAACUGUCCUCCCUUGCUGAUGACUUCUUGUGGCAUUUCACACUGUAGAUGGUCACUGCCUCUCAUGUCCAUGUUAGCUAACGGUGUAAGAUGAUGUCUUGUCAGUAUUACUGUUUUGCUAAGCUGCUUCAUUCAGGCCUACCCAAUUUUUUUUAAAGGGAACUUUGGUUAAUCAAAUGAUAACUUAAGGGACAUAAAUAUGAAUUAGGAAGAUGUAGAAAAAGUAACAUACCAUUUCUGGACAUUUUAAAGUUUAAAGGUCAGUCUCAUAAUUAUGUGCGUAUAUAAAAAUAUGUCUAUAUACAUGAAUAUCCAACAAUUUGGCAAAAUACAUUUACUAUUGUACUUUAAAAAGGAAACUUAAAUUAUGUGAAACCUGGUUUAAUGAAACCAAAGACUAGAGUAGCAUUUUAGUAUAUGUAAGAAUAAAGGUAAUUGACACAUCGAAGAUCAAAUGAAUGCAAGUUUAUUGAAAAUUUAAGCAACCAAAUUUAUGCCAAAGACCCAUAUUGGAUACAACAUAUACAUUAAAACAAAGGGAAUAUAGAUGCCUUUAGAGGACUUAGAAUGAUGCUGUUUUAUACUAAAACUCAGUAAGUAUUCUGAAUGAAUGGAACAAGGAACAAGGCUUUCCUAAUCUUGAGCACAUAAUUUUUAAGGCCAAAUAACAUUUGACUCCCUGAGGUGAAGUUUUAGUGGUCGUAAUCAUGUAGUUAGUUGUUUUUGAUGCCCCAAAAUAAAAUAUAACAGUUAAUUACCAGGUAUUCUUCAUAACAGUAUGUUGCUCUCUUCACAAAGUAUUACAUAAAGUCAUUAUCUAAAGCAUGAAUGUUCCUUCUGGGGUGCUUGUUAAAGCCAAAUUUAUUUUGCUUCACUAUUGCUACCUUCCAGUUAGAAGCACUACAGACUUGACAGCAGCUCCCUAUCCUUUCAUGUCACUGCCUAGUCAUCAGAAGUCUUAUGACAGCUUAAAUAUACCUUUCAUAUAGCAAAGUGAGAGUUGACUGAAGCAAAGUGGCAUUGGUUGGCCCUUUAUUUUUUGAAGCUGUAUAAAUGUGUGGCAUCCCUUUUAUACAUCCUGACACAUACCUGAGCACAUCUCCCUGAUCUCCAUGAUCCCUUGUAAUAUGCUAGGCUGGAGUAAGCUUUGCUGUGAUUGUGAACAACUUUCAAGCCACCUGAACACUGUCUUAUCACAUCACCAAUUAAUGGUAAUAAAUGUUCUGCAAAAACUGUGGUGUGCUUUUAUCUUUUUCCAAAAGUUUUGUUGAACUAGGGAGAGCUGCUAAAGGAAGAGUUCUUUUUUUUUCCAAUACAAUGUUGACAAUUCCUCUCCAUCUGACACCCAACCCCUGCAUUGAAACAUGAUGGUGGUUGCAAGCACACACAAAAAAUGGCAGAAGGGUCAAGAAAUGUUCAUGUACUUCAACUCAGUAAAAAGAAAAAAAUCACAUGGAUUCUAUGCUAUCAAGGACUUACAACACAUUUUCAAUUAAUAAAUGCCACUUUUAAAACCAUGAUGCAGUUUACUUUUAUACACUUUCUGAUUUAGUAAUUCAAUUAUUCCAGAUAGUCAAAUGAUAUCCAAAUGACAAAUCCUCACCUCCUACAUAUGAGAAAGUUACUAGUACAUGCAACAGAAACAGAUUAGUAUUUGCUGCAGUGUUGCCUAAUGUAAGCAACAAGUCAAAACUUCUAGUUACAGUAUGGUUAUGGGGCCUUCUGCUGCAAAUAGGAAUUACUGCAUUCUAUACCUAAGAUAUUUAAGAACAAGGAAAGGAUUCUCACCAAAUUUUGAAGGAGACAUUUGUAGGUUUAAAAGGGCCUUUGUGAAUACAGCUGUUCACUAUUAAGCCUGUGGGAUUCUGUCAGUGGUGCAGAUUUGAGUCAUAAGUAGUAAUCAGGUUUAUCACAGACACAUGCAGACACCCAUUCAUUAUGGUAAAUGUAAGCUCAACGUUACUAUCAGGGUAAUGACACCAUCAGAUUUUCCAAACUUCCCUCUAUACAGGCCCAUUAUUUGAGGGCAAAGUCCUCACUUGCUUAAUUGUCUUAAGCUCAAGAAGAUGGAUUUCCUUUCCCAUCAUGAUCUAAUUCAUUAUGUAUCUCAAUGGUAGUGCCCUUGCCUACCAUGUUUGAGGCUCCAGCAUCACAUAUACAAAAUUAUCUUUACAUAAUCUUGGCUGCAGUUUGAAGAGUAUUUUAAAAAUACCAAAUGUACUUAAAGCCAUACAGCAUUAAUAAACUCAGUAAAUCUAGAAAUCUAUCAUUUGGAGGAUGAAGCCGGCAUUUAGAAUCGAAACAAGUUCGAUUUUGUUAAACUUUGAAAACUUUGUACCUUUUUUCUUUUUAAAAAACGAGGCAGGGUCUCACCCUAGCCCUAGCUGCCAUUAUCCUCCCAAGUGCAGGGAGUACUGGUAUAAGCUACUGCACAUGACUUGUAUGCAUCUUUAGUGAAUUCUCAAAUUUCAGAUUGCUAAAUGCCAUGUGACACUGAAUUUCGAGGCCCAAACUGUGACAGUGAAGGCCUGAGAAGAAAGCAUCUUGGAAAUCUGGGAAAAUGCACACAAGCCUACAUUCGCUUGUCUUCACUGACCACUCUUGUGACUGUUACACAAGGAAUGUUUUUAACAGUGGAUAUAUUCAAUGGUGACAAUUCUAAUUUUCUGGAAAAUGACAAAAUCCUUUACCUCUUUAUAAAAACCUUUUUUUACAACACACUAUUCAAGAUAUACCCUGCCAGCUCCCAGGUGAAUGAGUAACUCUAGAGCCAGGGAAAGAGAAGUCUGGAAAUGAGUACUUCAACACUUUGAACAAAAACUAUGUUUUACAGAAAAGAAUCAACUUUUACAAAUAAAAAAAUAAAAUAGAAUAAAAUGGUCAUUAAGUAGAAAAAAUAGUGAUAAUAAAAACAAGCACUUCAAUACCUAAAACCUGACAAACUAGCAAAGAUCAAAAUAUUAAUUCUGUGCUGUGGAAGCUGUAAGGUUAGAGUGAUUUUUUUUUUUCUAGUCUUCCUGGAAGGAAAUUUAGAUUACCUUUCUUGAUAUAGUUUAUUCUAAAGGAAAUCUAAGAGGGUCACCUUAAAAAUCCAACAAUAGGAGUGUUGUCAAGUCCAUUGGUAGAUGUACUCUAUGUAGUGAGCAAAAAUAAGAAUUAUGGGACUUAAGAAUCAGAUUGAUGAAAUGAGACAAUUGAGUGAAAAACAUCAAAGCCAUAUGCAACCUUUGAAUUAAAAAAAUAAAGUGUGUCAGGCUGGAAAGAUGGCUCA